AUAUAUAAAGGGCGUUGACUGUUUUACAACUGUCGGAGAAGAAGAGAGAGAGAGAGAAUGGGGUGGUUUCCGUGUUCUGGAACAUCAUCAUCAUCUUCAUCGUCAUCUUCAAAGAAGAAAAAGCGAAGAAAGAAGAAUCACUCUCUUGAUCCAAUUCACUCUACUUCUUCAGAAAGUAUUAGGUCAAAUCCGUUAUUUAAAGCCAAGGAAGGGACCAAAGAUGGAGGAUCAAACCAUCUUGCGGCCCAAACAUUCACAUUUCGUGAAAUGGCAGCUGCAACUAAAAAUUUUAGAGGUGAUUGUCUUCUUGGAGAGGGAGGUUUUGGCAGAGUAUAUAAAGGGCGACUUGAUAGUUCGAAUCAGAUUGUAGCCAUUAAGCAACUGGACCGCAAUGGACUUCAAGGAAACCGAGAAUUUUUAGUGGAAGUAUUGAUGUUGGGUUUACUUCACCACCCAAAUCUUGUUAACUUGAUUGGCUAUUGUGCUGAUGGAGAUCAAAGGCUACUCGUUUACGAAUACAUGGCUUUGGGAUCUCUCGAUGACCAUCUUCAUGACCCCUCACCUGGUAAGAAACCACUUGAUUGGAAUACCAGAAUGAAAAUUGCUGCUGGAGCUGCUAAAGGGCUGGAGUAUCUACAUGACAAAGCAAGUCCACCUGUAAUAUACCGUGAUUUAAAAUGCUCCAACAUAUUGCUUGGCGAAUCAUAUCAUCCAAAACUCUCUGAUUUUGGGUUAGCCAAACUCGGGCCUGUUGGGGAUAACACACAUGUUUCUACACGGGUCAUGGGUACCUAUGGUUAUUGUGCCCCAGAGUAUGCCAUGACUGGACAAUUGACUCUAAAAUCAGAUGUCUAUAGCUUCGGGGUUGUGCUUUUGGAAAUCAUAACUGGUAGGAAAGCCAUUGAUAAUUCUACAACUGGUGGAGAGCAGAAUUUGGUUACAUGGGCAAGACCUUUGUUCAAAGAUAGGAGGAAGUUCUGCCAGAUUGCCGAUCCAGCACUUCAAGGGCAGUAUCCAGCUAGAGGUUUGUAUCAGGCUCUUGCUGUUGCAGCCAUGUGUGUGCAGGAACAACCUAACAUGCGUCCGGUUAUUGCUGAUGUGGUCACAGCCUUGAGCUACCUUGCUUCACAGAAAUAUGACCCCGAAAUCCAUCCAAUUCAAAAUCCUCACUGGUCACCUUCUACUCCUCCUAGAUCAAGACGUGACAAUGACAAGAGACAGAAUGGUGGAAGUGGAAGUGGCAGUGGGAGUGGCAGUGUCAGUGGAUCUGAGAAAAAUUAUACGAAAAGGUUUUUCUGACUUUCAUGGCCUUGGUGCCGUCUUUUGGUCCUGAUCUCUCUAAGUUAUCACCUAUGCUGAGGUCAAGGUAGAGUAGGUACAAGUUAGAACUACUCGGAUCACAAUCUUAUUCAUGGUUAGCGUUAGCCACGGAUUCUCAAUCGUGGCUUAUAUGAGGUUUUGGCUCUUUAUGUGUAGAUGUACUUGUGUAUCUUGUUUAUAGUUGUUAACUUAUGGAUUUAGUAUCUGAUAAUCUUAUAGCUGUUUUUUUAUGAUG